GGGAUAUCCAUUAUUAUUUUUUGCUUCAACUCCAUUAUUGUUUUUCCUCGAACCGUUCUUCUCUCUGUGCUAUUACUGUAACAAUCUCUUCCAUAUUAUACCAUUCUCUGUUCCAUAUACUCUUCUCUUGCCUGUGCUUUCUGCUCUUUUUUUCUGAUCACUGCUCAGGGCAAGGCAGCUCUUGCAGGGCAUCUUGAAUCCAGAUCCCUUUUCUUUACUGAUUGUUUAAGCGAACCAGUAACCAGACAUUUAAAGAACCUCAUUUUGCUGCCAGAAGCGUUCAGAUCCUUUGCAAAGUUUCCACAACAACUGGGAUCCACGCGUUAACAUUAUUGAGGUCGAACAGAGCCAGUGAUCAAAAUGAGUCGACCAAAUGAUCGUUUUUGGGAAUAUGUUGAAAAGAUGGAUGGUGGUAGCAUGACGUGUACGUUUUGUGGGCAUUGUUUUUCCCAAGGUACUUCCGUUACGAGGAUCAAAUUGCAUUUGGCAAAAGUGAAAGGGCGUGGUGUUAAAAUUUGUGAAAAUGUUCCACCAGAAGUUCGAGAUGCAGCUUGUGAAGCAAUUGAUGGCCCCCCAGAAAAGAAACUUAAAACUGUUGCAGGCUCAAGCACUAACGAGGUCGCUAAUGCAAUUUCAGCUUCAACGCAAGAACGGAACAUUGAAGUGACACAUGUAGAGAUGGCACAACAAGGAGGACCUUUUUUCACUGGAGAACUUGCACGGGCAAAUGAUUUGAUUGGAGCGGCUGAACUUGUGCAGCUGGAGAGAGGUAGUUCUCCUGAGAGGCCAUCAAUUAAUCAAACAGAUGAGCCUCGAGGAGAUUCAUCCCGACCAACAGAUGAUCAACUCUGUUCUCCAUCCGUAAACAAUGAUGCCAAUAUGAACGAUGUGCAGAACAUGGUUGCAUUCAGGAUAGAACCAGUACCGGUUCAAGUGUUGGAACAAAGCAAUGCAGAAGUUGACAGUUUGGCAGGGCAUGCUGGAAGGAUACAAGUGGGAGUUCAUGGCAUGGAACAAGGUGCGGAGGAAGAGAGAAUUUGUCCGAACUCAGCGGCAAAUGGCAUGGAAAACACUGGUGAUGGAUCUAGUUAUCAUUCCAGGAGACUAAUGAUUGAUGCACAUGAUAGUACAGGGGAAGCUACACAAAGAAUAGAUCUAGUGCAACGAUUAGAAGAGGAAACUUGGGGUCAGAUGAAUGCAAUCUCUGCUUUUUUAAUGGGGGAGGAGGACGUGGAGAACAAUCGUGGAAGAUUAGUGCAGCCUGGCACAGGAGCUAGCUCUUCUGGAGGGGUUGCAUGCAACACAAAUGAGAUUAAAGGAUAUGCACUUCCAACGAGAAAAAUGGUGGGUCAAGCAUUCGAAGAACAUAAGAAGACUAUCUCAUCUUUGUUGAUGCGCAAUGAAUUUUCAAGCAUUGGCAUCUAUGGUAUGGGUGGGGUGGGUAAGACCACAUUGUUGACACAUCUACAUAAUCAGCUUUUAAAAAGAGCAGACACUCCUGUUUACUGGAUUACUGUUUCACAAGAUACCAGCAUUAAUAAAUUGCAGACAAGUUUGGCAAGACGGAUUGAUUUAGAUCUUUCUACUGAAGAUGAGGAGUUGUAUAGAGCUUCCAAAUUGUCAAAAGAAUUAAAAAAGAAACAGAAAUGGGUUCUGAUUUUGGAUGAUUUGUGGGAGGCUUUUGACCUACAAAAGCUGGGAGUUCCUGACCAAGUUGAGGGAUGCAAGCUGAUUCUUACAUCUCGAUCAGAAAAAGUUUGUCAACAGAUGAAAACCCAACACACCAUCAAAGUGCAGCCUAUUUUAGAGAGAGAAGCUUGGACUUUGUUUACUGAGAGACUUGGACAUGACAUAGCACUUUCCCCAGAAGUUAAACGAAUUGCUGAGGAUGUUGUAAGGGAAUGUGCUGGUUUGCCACUGGGAAUUAUUACAAUGGCAGGAAGCAUGAGAGGAGUGGAGGAGCCACAUGAGUGGAGGAAUACAUUGAAGAAAUUGAAAGAAUCAAAAUGUAGGGAAAUGGAAGAUAAGGUAUUCCGGUUAUUGAGAUUUAGUUAUGAUCAGUUAAAUGAUUUAGCAUUACAACAAUGUCUCUUGUAUUGUGCAUUGUAUCCCGAAGAUUAUAUGAUUGAAAGGGAGGAGCUGAUAGGUUAUUUGAUCGAUGAGGGAAUAAUUGAAGGAAUGAGGAGCAGGCAAGAAGCAUUUGACGAGGGCCACACGAUGCUUGAUAAACUUGAAAAAGUUUGUUUAUUGGAAAGAGCUGGUUAUGGUGAUUACGAUAGAUGUGUCAAGAUGCAUGACUUGAUUAGGGACAUGACCCACCAAAUACUCCAAACAAACUCUCCAGUCAUGGUUAGGGAUUUUCUUCGAGGAUUACCAGAUGUGGAUAUGUGGAAAGAGAAUCUAGUGAGAGUCUAUCUGAAGGGUUGUAAUGUCAAGGAAAUUCCUUCUAGGCAUUCACCAAGAUGUCCCAAUCUCUCAACUCUAUUGCUAUGUGAUAAUGAAGGGUUGCGAUUUAUUGCAGAUUCGUUUUUCACACAAUUGCAUGGGCUCAAGGUUCUUGAUCUGUCUCGUACAAGUAUCACAGAAUUGCCUGAUUCUGUCUCUGAACUAGUGAGUCUCACUGCAUUAUUACUCGAAGAUUGCAGUGAUUUAAGGCAUAUACCACCAUUAAAAAUGCUCGGAGCACUGAAAAGGUUAGAUCUCUCUGGUACUAGGUCGCUUGAAAAGAUGCCUCAAGGCAUGCAAUGUCUAUCCAACCUGAGGUAUCUGAGGAUGGAUGGAUGUGGUGUCAAGGAGUUUCCUAGUGGGAUAUUACCAAAACUCUCUCACCUGCAAGUCUUCAUAUUAGAGGAGAUUGAUGAUGACUACGUUCCAGUAACAGUUAAAGGAAAAGAAGUAGGAUGCUUGAGGGAGUUGGAAAAAUUGGCAUGCCAUUUUGAAGGUCAAUCUGACUUUGUGGAGUAUCUCAAUUCUCGGGAUAAGACUCGAUCACUAAGUACAUACAGAAUUUUCAUAGGACCACUGGAUGAAGAUUAUUAUAAUGAAAUAACUGAUUAUGGCGGAAGUAAAACAGUUUGGUUGGGUAAUUUGUGUAACAAUGGAGAUGGAGAUUUUCAAGUCAUGUUCCCUAAUGACAUUCAAGAACUUUUUAUUUAUAAAUGUUCAUGUGAUGUUUCGUCUGGAAUAGAGCAUUCAAUAGAACUGGAGGUCAUCCACAUUGAGGAUUGCAAUAGCAUGGAGAGCUUGAUUUCAUCUUCUUGGUUUUGCCCUUCUCCAACACCAUUUCCAUCUUAUAAUGGUGUAUUUUCUAGUCUUAAAGUGUUCAAUUGCUCUGGAUGUAGUAGUAUGAAGAAGUUGUUCCCUCUUGUCUUGCUGCCAAACCUCGUAAACCUAGAAAAGAUUACAGUUAGAGAAUGUGAGAAAAUGAAGGAGAUAAUAGGUGGAACAAGAUCAGAUGAAGAAAGCAGCAGCAGCAGCUCCGAAUUCAAGCUCCCAAAGUUGAGAACUCUGGCAUUGGAAGAUUUACCAGAACUGAAAAGAAUUUGUAGUGCACAGCUUAUUUGCGAUUCUCUCCGAGAAAUUGAAGUAAGGAAUUGCAACAGCAUGGAGAGCUUGGUUCCAUCUUCUUGGAUUUGCCUCGUAAACCUAGAAAAGAUUAGAGUAGAAGAAUGUGAGAAGAUGGAGGAGAUAAUAGGCGGAACAAGAUCAGAUGAAGAAAGCAGCAGCAGCAGCUCCGAAUUCAAGCUCCCAAAGUUGAGAACUCUGGCAUUGUUUAAUUUACCAGAAUUGAAAAGCAAAUGGAGUGCAAAACUGAGGUGCGAUUCUCUCCAACAAAUUGAAGUAAGGAAUUGCAACAGCAUGGAGAGCUUGGUUCCAUCUUCUUGGAUUCCCCUCGUAAACCUAGAAAAGAUUAGAGUAGAAGAAUGUGAGAAGAUGGAGGAGAUAAUAGGCGGAACAAGAUCAGAUGAAGAAAGCAGGAGCAGCAGCUCCGAAUUCAAGCUCCCAAAGUUGAGAUCUCUGGCAUUGAAAGAUUUACCAGAACUGAAAAGAAUUUGUAGUGCAAAGCUUAUUUGCGAUUCUCUCCGAGUAAUUGAAGUAAGGAAUUUCAACAGCAUAGAGAGCUUGGUUCCAUCUUCUUGGAUUUCCCUCGUAAACCUAGGAAUGAUUAUAGUUAGAGAAUGUGAGAAGAUGGAGGAGAUAAUAGGCGGAACAAGAUCAGAUGAAGAAAGCAGCAGCAGCAGCUCCGAAUUCAAGCUCCCAAAGUUGAGAUAUCUGGUAUUGUUUAAUUUACCAGAACUGAAAAGAAUUUGUAGUGCAAAACUGAGGUGCGAUUCUCUCGAAAAAAUUGUAGUACGGAACUGCAACAGCAUGGAGAGCUUGGUUCCAUCUUCUUGGAUUUGCCUCGUAAACCUAGAAAAGAUUACAGUUGGAGAAUGUGAGAAGAUGGAGGAGAUAAUAGGCGGAACAAGAUCAGAUGAAGAAAGCAGCAGCAGCAGCUCCAAAUUCAAGCUCCCAAAGUUGAGAACUCUGGCAUUGUUUAAUUUACCAGAACUGAAAAGAAUUUGUAGUGCACAGCUUAUUUGCGAUUCUCUCCGAGAAAUUGAAGUAAGGAAUUGCAACAGCAUGGAGAGCUUGGUUCCAUCUUCUUGGAUUUGCCUCGUAAACCUCGAAAAGAUUAGAGUAGAAGAAUGUGAGAAGAUGGAAGAGAUAAUAGGCGGAACAAGAUCAGAUGAAGAAAGCAGCAGCAGCAGCUCCGAAUUCAAGCUCCCAAAGUUGAGAACUCUGGCAUUGUUUAAUUUACCAGAAUUGAAAAGCAAAUGGAGUGCAAAACUGAGGUGCGAUUCUCUCCAACAAAUUGAAGUAAGGAAUUGCAACAGCAUGGAGAGCUUGGUUCCAUCUUGUUGGAUUCCCCUCGUAAACCUAGAAAAGAUUAGAGUAGAGGAAUGUGAGAAGAUGGAGGAGAUAAUAGGCGGAACAAGAUCAGAUGAAGAAAGCAGCAGCAGCAGCUCCGAAUUCAAGCUCCUAAAGUUGAGAACUCUGGCAUUGUUUAAUUUACCAGAACUGAAAAGAAUUUGUAGUGCAAAACUGAGGUGCGAUUCUCUCCGAGAAAUUGAAGUAAGGAAUUGCAACAGCAUGGAGAGCUUGGUUCCAUCUUCUUGGAUUUGCCUCGUAAACCUAGAAAAGAUUACAGUUGGAGAAUGUGAGAAAAUGGAGGAGAUAAUAGGCGGAACAAGAUCAGAUGAAGAAAGCAGCAGCAGCAGCUCCAAAUUCAAGCUCCCAAAGUUGAGAUAUCUGGCAUUGUUUAAUUUACCAGAACUGAAAAGAAUUUGUAGUGCAAAACUGAGGUGCGAUUCUCUCCAACAAAUUGUAGUACGGAACUGCAACAGCAUGGAGAGCUUGGUUCCAUCUUCUUGGAUUUGCCUCGUAAACCUGGUAGAGAUUAGAGUAGAAGAAUGUGAGAAGAUGGAGGAGAUAAUAGGCGGAACAAGAUCAGAUGAAGAAAGCAGCAGCAGCAGCUCCGAAUUCAAGCUCCCAAAGUUGAGAACUCUGGCAUUGUUUAAUUUACCAGAACUGAAAAGAAUUUGUAGUGCAAAACUGAGGUGCGAUUCUCUCCGAGAAAUUGAAGUAAGGAAUUGCAACAGCAUGGAGAGCUUGGUUCCAUCUUCUUGGAUUUGCCUCGUAAACCUAGAAAAGAUUACAGUUGGAGAAUGUGAGAAAAUGGAGGAGAUAAUAGGCGGAACAAGAUCAGAUGAAGAAAGCAGCAGCAGCAUCACCGAAUUCAAACUCCCAAAGUUAAGAUCUCUGACAUUGUUUAAUUUACGAGAAUUGAAAAGCAAAUGGAGUGCAAAACUGAGGUGCGAUUCUCUCCAACAAAUUGAAGUAAGGAAUUGCAAUAGCAUGGAGAGUUUGGUUCCAUCUUCUUGGAUUUCCCUCGUAAACCUAGAAAAGAUUACAGUUAGAGGAUGUGAGAAGAUGGAGGAGAUAAUAGGUGGAACAAGAUCAGAUGAAGAAAGCAGCAGCAACAGCACCGAAUUCAAACUCCCAAAGUUAAGAGAAUUGGGCUUGAUUGAUUUACCAGAACUGAAAAGAAUUUGUAGUGCAAAACUGAUUUGUGAUUCUCUCCGAAUUAUUGACGUACACACAUGUGAGAAGCUCAAUUUGUCUUCUAUCUCCCCCUUCUAUUGAAAAAAUAUAUAUACAUCCAAAAGAAUGGUGGGAGUCAGAAGUGGAGUGGGAGGAUCCUAACGCUAAGGAAGUCCUUCGUCCCUUUAUAGUGUUUUGGGCCGAGCCAUUGGUAGGAAACGACUCCGCCUUCAAUAUAAUAUAAUAGAUAUUGAAUUCCUCUCUUUCUCUCACAAUCUUAAUUUAAUUUGAAUGAAUUAUUAGCCUCAACAACAUCCAUUGCUGUGUGUUUAUAUUAAAUUUGACCCACAAGUAUGAUUAACCUAAUGAUUUUAUUUUAUCAUUCCCAAUCGUAGCACCUUUUAUAUUUGUCCCUUUAAUUUUGAGACACUAAUUAAAUAUUAUCUAAAAUUCCUCUUUUUAUUUAUUAUUUAUAGGAAGAUGCUUAAUUUGUUUAUGUGGGAUUGGAUAACUAUUGUCUUUUUAAAGGCUAGAUUUUAAAUGAGAAUUUGAUCAGCUUUAAAGUUUGUUCCUUUAUAAUAAUUUGAUAAUCUUUUUGUAGAUAAUUUGACAGCCGGUGAAGGAUUCCAAAGCUGCAGAAUGUUUGUUGUUAAGGCAUUUCAAGGAGAGAUGAUGCAUCUGGGGAAGCUAAAGGGGAUCCACACUCUGCAUAGCUUCGGGCAUGGAGACCCCCUGGCACAAGAUGCGGUGGAUUCUCCAGGAAUCCUACUUUCUCUAGUCUCAUGUCAGACAAUUUCAUAUAAUGCUUUUGAAUUGAGUACCAAAUUUAUUAUUGCUGUGGGAUAUCUGGGUACAUAGCCUCUCUCUGUCUCUCUGAAUCUUUCUGUCUACUUAUAACCAAUUCUCUUCCUGAUUCAAGCCUUGUUGUCUGCAUUAAGUUCCAUCCACAAGGAAGCAAAAGAAUGGCGUGAGUCAGUAGUGGAGUGGGAGCAUCCUGAUGCUGAGGAUGUCCUUCACUUGGUCUCAUGCAUAGAGAUAUUAAGCCUGACAACUUACUGUUUCGUAGUGUACGUGAGUAGGAUGCUCCUCCUAAGGCCACAGAUUUUGAGCUCUCUGUAAUAAUCUAUACGCCAUGUAUGGUACCUUGUACGCUUGUUUUGGUGUCACAGAUUGAAUGAAUUUUUAUUUUCAUCAA